UAUCCUUCACUUCCACUGACGUAUGAACUUGCAUUCUCCACUACACCGGAACUGUAGCAAAACCAUCUUUAUCCCCACUAACAUGCGCCAAUCUCUUUCUUUCACAGCAUCACCCAACACCGCCACCGGCUUACCCGCAAUCCACAAACAACAGCUUUUCACUAUCCAUUCAUCAAAACGGGGCUCCGGCCAUGUCCAACAAACGGGGUUACAGAAAGAGGCGAAGAAGGAAUUGUCUAAGAUUUUAACAACUGAUUUUGCUAUUAAAAACAUUGAGAACAAAGUCAAUUCCAAGAAGUACAAAAAUCUGUGGCCUAAAGCUGUUUUAGAAGCUCUUGAAGAAGCCAUAAGAGGUAAAAAGUGGGCACUUGCUCUGAAGAUUUUUGGACUUCUUCGGAAGCAGCAUUGGUAUCAACCUAGAUGCCAAACAUAUACAAAGGUGUUAAUGAUGCUUGGCAAGUGUAAACAACCCGAGGAAGCAAGUUUGUUGUUUGAGGUCAUGUUGUCUGAGGGGCUCAAACCAACUAUUGAUGUUUAUACUGCUCUUGUAAGUGCCUAUGGCCAAAGUGGCCUCAUUGACAAAGCGUUUUCUACUGUUGAUGAUAUGAAGUCAGUCUGUGAUUGCAAACCUGAUGUAUAUACCUAUUCUAUUCUUCUUAACUGUUGUUCUAGAUUUCAUCGAUUUGAUCUCAUUGAAAAAGUUCUUGCUGAGAUGUCUUACUUGGGAAUUGAAUGUAGCACAGUCACAUUCAAUACAAUCAUUGAUGGAUAUGGUAAAGCUAACAUGUUUGAAGAAAUGGAGAGUUCAUUGACUCAAAUGGUUGAAAGUGGCAGCUGUCUCCCGGAUGUUUUCACAUUCAAUUCUGUGAUCUCUGCUUAUGGGAAUAGUGGACAAAUUGAGAAAAUGGAGAGAUGGUAUGAUGAAUUUCAGCUUAUGGGAGUAAAGGCUGACAUUAAAACAUUUAAUAUCCUAAUUAAAUCAUAUGGAAGAGUGGGCAUGUAUGAGAAAAUGAGGUCUGUAAUGGAUUUCAUGGAGAAAAGGUUCUUCCGCCCUACAGUUGUUACUUAUAACAUCCUUAUUGAAAUAUUUGGGAAGGCUGGCAAUAUUGAGAAGAUGGAUGAAUAUUUCAGGAAAAUGAAGUAUCAAGGAAUGAAGCCUAACUCUAUAACCUAUUGCUCUCUUGUUAGUGCUUAUCAUAAAGCUGGGCAAAUAAUGAAAGUUGAUUCAAUUUUGAGGCAGGUAGCGAAUUCUGAUGUGAUUUUGGAUACCCCUUUUUUCAAUUGCAUCAUCAGUGCCUAUGGCCAGGCUGGUGAUGUAGAAAAGAUGGGUGAGAUUUUUUUGGCUAUGAAAGAGAGGCAUUGCACACCUGACAACAUCACCAUUGCCACUAUGAUCCAAGUGUACACUGCCCAAGGCAUGAUUGAGGCUGCUGAAGAGCUAGAAAAUAAGAUGAUUAGUAUGAAGGACAAUUCAGGUACAAAGUUGAUUGCUUGCUGAUUUGAUUCAUCACCGAAGAAGAGCAAAAUUCAUAAUUGGACAAAUGAAACAUCCAGGAUGGUCAGAACUAGGGAAGAUAGUAUGCUGGCUUCUGUUUUGCUUCCUUUUGACCUCUUUUAUUGAAGCUCCGAGAGGAUCCCGGUUUAUGUUUGAACUAAGCUCAUGAAUCAUUGACGAGCUCAACGCGAUAUUAUCUGUUAUACCAUGCCCGGAUAUGGAAUAAUGGAAGAACAGCGGUAUCAUGUUUUGGUGCAUUCCAAUUUUGGGAUUGGCCACGGUACACGUGUGAAACAUUUUUACCGGCAAUGUUGGAUACAUUUACCCAAACAAUUUGCUGAAAUAAAGGAAAUGAUUGGUAUAUAGAGGUUGGAAUGUGAUAUAUUAAAGAGUUUUGUGUACCGCGUUUAGAAUGUUUCAUAUUUUUUUUCAUUCAUAUACGGGAGUAUUUUGUACUAAAGGUUUAGGUACAGAUAUCAGCGAAUGGAGUUCUCUGGUGUGUAUAUAUUUGGUUGACUUGUA